UUAAGGCUACAAUAAUACAACCAGAUAUUCCCAUCUUAACAUAUUCACCAACAAUAGGACGAAUCGUUCGUCCAGUCUAGGUUUCACGUAUGCACAGUUUGAUACAGAGCUGUCCCUAUAUAGGGAAAGUACCUGAAUUGUCUGAUGAUUCUCUGCUAUUAUUGUGCGAGAUUCAAUUCACCCCAGUAUUUCUGCUAGAAACCAAUGGACAAUCAUGGGCGAUUAUUUUACCUCGGCCCAACACGUCUGAUAAUUUCAGCUGGAUUUUUGGCUCACGGAUGUUGGGCGAUAUAGGUUCCGGAAAAAGCCAUGGGAUUAUCCCUGUAAUCGUUCCUUGAGCGCCUGAUCCGACAUUCGUAGCAUGGACUGCGGAGACGCAUCAGUGUGAUCUUUGACGUG